AUGGUCCUAGAAACAUUUGAUGGUAGUAAGAUACCUCCAAUAAUAGCUAAGCUCUUGACACCAGAAAAUUUUGAACCUUUUGGAGGAGUGAUCAGUCCUGAGCAUCAAGUAAUUGCAAAUGAUUCAAAUGCCAACUACGGAACGGCGAUAAAGAUCCCAAAAGUUGCACCCGUUGUUAACAACUAUAAAAUGAGUCAGAGUGGGAGUAGUACUACAAACUGGAACAUAUUCCGAUGCUCCCGACCUGACCAUUUACUAACUGAAGGUCGAGGUAAUUGGCAAUACACUUCAACAGUGCUUGAACGUCAUCCGUUUACUACUCAAACAUUUCUUCCCUUGGGUAAAACCGAUGAAAUUUGUUAUUUAGUAAUUGUGGCUAAAUCUGAUACCAAGACUACUCUUCCUGAUCCGGAUACAAUAGCAGCAUUUCUUUGUCGUGGUAAUCAAUCGGUUACUUAUGGGGUGGGUGUUUGGCAUGCACCUAUGAUUACAAUUCAAGACAGGACUGUUGACUUUGCUGUUUUGGUUCAUGAAAGUGGAAUUGCUGAAGAAGAUACUCAAGAGUGUUACUAUGACCCGGGAUACCAAGUUUAUUAUAGAAUGUAG